UCCACUCGGCGGCUCGAAGAUGGCGGAGCGCGCCGGCGGCAGCACAUCCCUCAGGGGGCUGCGCGAACGGAUGGUUGCUGCAGCUCAUGCCCUUGCCGAAGAAAGACGGAAUCAGAGUGGUCUCUGCUCUCUUCCAUCACAGUCCUCAAAUAUAAGAUCAACAUUUAGACCAGUCAUCGAUGGAUCCGUACUUAAAAAUGAUGUGAAGCAGAGAUUGGCGAAGGAGCGCAGAGAAGAAAAGAAGAGACAACAAGAAGCCAACAAAGAAACCCAGAUCCUUGAGAAGGAAAGAAAAUCCAGGAUCCAAUAUGAGAGGCAAAUGGAGGAGAAACAACGAAAGCUGAAAGAACAAAAAGAAAAGGAUGAGCAACGGAGAAUAUCUGCUGAAGAAAAAAGGAAGCAAAAACUACAGGAGGAAAGGGAGAGGUUCAAAGCUGUUCUCUAUCGAACACUGGAACGGAGCAGCCGUGUCGAUUGUCAUCAAAAAAGAUGGUCUUGGGAGGGCUCUACAGCCGUGAACCCUGAGACUAAAACUGUUAAUAAAGAUUUCGUAUCAACUGAAAAACUUGAGCAGAGGGCUUCUGGUUUACACAAACAAAUGUCUUUGUCAUCUGCAGGUCUUCAGAACUCUAUCGCCAAGAAAAAAACAGAAAAGAAGAGAAGCUCGUCUUUGACUAGAAGAUCUGGCAAACUGCAGGCACCUGCGGAAACUGACCACGUAGAAGAAAAACCAGCUCGUCCCCCGUAUACCAGUCUUCGGGAAAGUAAUUUAAUCACUCGCCUCCUCGUUCCUACAAAAGCAUCAAUAGCCAGGAGCAAAAGUGCUGCUUCUUUAUCAGUCCCUGGGAAAGAUACUCCAGGGACCCGCAGUACUUUAGUCCAGAAUAUAAACGUGCCAUUGUGUAGCCAGAGCAGUGACGAAUUGAAGAGUAACGUAGUGCUUCACGAGUCAUCAGUAGUAGUGCCUUCCGAGGUAGUGCCUCCCCGGGAAAAAGAAGAAGCACUCUGUGAGGUGAGUGCAGAAUCAUCACCCAAGCCAAAAGUGGAAGCUGCCCCCAAGGCAAAGGCAGAAGUUGCCCCCCAGGCAAAGGCAGAAGUGGCCCCCAAUGUGAACGUGGAAGGGGCUGCCACAGUGAGUGUGGAAGCAGCCCCUGAGGUGAAUGUGAAAGCAGCUCCCGCUCCCAAGGUGAAUAUAGAAGCAACCUCCAAGGUGAACAUGGAAGGGUCCCCUAAAGGGAGCAUGGAAACAUCAUGUGAAGCAGAAGUGGAAGCACUCCCUGAGAGCAUGGAAACAUCACCUGAAGUGAGUGUGGACAUGUCCCCCGAGGUGAGCGUGGACCCAUCACCCACAGUGAGCGCAGACCCGUCCCCUUCGGUGAGCGUGAACGUGUCCCCUGAGGUGAGCGUGGACCCGUCCCCCGAGGUGAGCGUGGAUUCAUCUCCCGAGGUGAGCAUGGAUGCAUCCCCUGAUGUAAGCAUGGAAGCAUCAUCUGAGGCAAGUGUGGAGGCAUCACCCAAGACUAGCGUGGGAGUGUCCCCCGAGGCCAGUGUGGAAGCGUCACCUGAGGCCAGUGUGGAAGCGUCACCUGAGGCUAGUGUGAAAGUACUCCCCAGAGAGAGUGCGGAAGCAUCCCCCAAGGCAUCCCCUGAGGUGAGCCCAGAAACAUCUUCGAAGGUGAAAGUGAGAGACUCUGCAAAGAAAUCAGAAAUGGACAAACAUGCCUCAAAUCCUACUGCCAAAAAGCGCUCAUCAUCACACAUACCAUGUUAUAAAUGGCCAUCUUCUCCUGCAAGUGCAUGGCGUCCACCUUCUCCUAUCAGUGCAAACAGGCAAUUGCAAAAGAAUCGCCCCCCAUCACCUUCACCCGUCAUGUCAAAACUGUCACAUUCUUCUCUUUCUUAUAAAAUAAUUCCUGUUCAGCGUAGCCUAUUUGCGCAAAAUGCAUUAGGUACUCUUGGAAAGAAAAGAGAAGGAAUGCCUAAACCUUCUAACAGCUCUGAGGCUGUGAGCCACAAGCAGAUGGUCUAUGAAGAGUCUGGUAAUAAAAGCACACCAGGGACUAUGAAUGCUGAGGAGGCAACAAAAAUUUUGGCAGAAAAACGACGCCUUGCUCGUGAACAAAGAGAGAAGGAAGAAAGGCAACAAAAGGAAAUGGAGCAAAGCAAAUUGAAGGACAUGGCAGAGAAAGCAAUUGAAGGCCAACAAGAAGAGUUCUUAAAACUGGAAGAUGGGCAACAGCAGAAGGAAAUAAAGAAAAAAGAAUAUCCAGAUCCAGAAGACCGGAAAGUACUGCUACAGAAAGGGGACGCCAAGAUAAAAGCUCAGGAGGAGGCUGACAAACGCAAGAAGGAGCAGGAGAGAAUUAUGUUACAGAAUUUGCAAGAGCGAUUAGAAAGGAAGAAGAGAAUUGAGGAAAUAAUGAAGCGGACGAGGAAGACAGAUUCAAAUACAUCAAAGGCUGCAGAAACAUUUGUUGACAACACAUACGAGGAGAACGAGGCAGAUGAUGAGGAUGAGUCGGAAAGUGACGAUGGUUCUUUUGAUGACCCUCAUCCAUCAGCCUUUAUAAAUGGCAUGGAUUCAUCCACAAAACUCAAAACACAUUUUAAAAACAUGAAGAAGAACACUCCCAAGCUGGUGUUUUUAGAUGCCACUUCUGGCCAAGUCCAUAGAGAGACAAAAACAUUUUUUAAUGACGACAUGAAAACCUUCAGACAAAAAAGUGCGAAAGACCCUUUGGCUCAGGCGAAGGGUACCAGAUCGUCCACCAAAAGAAUGACCAGCCGUGCAGCAAAAACCAGAAAGGCAAGUGAAAACUGUAACACCGUGGGACCUUCCAAGAGUUUAUAUCCAGAGGCACAGGAGUGGAUCUGUGACAAGAUUAUUGACAUCAGAAAUGAGGCAGAGCCCCUUAUGUCCAGUAUCCCUCCUGAUAGUCGAAAAUACCAUCUGAAAGGUUCCAUGACAUUCCACCAGAGUCCCCAGUUGCCUUUAGACGACAAGAAAAACAAAUCUGUUCCUGCUCCACCGGAUAUGUAAACUUCGCACAGCCCAGAAGAGAAUUCAUCGUCUGCUGUGGAUCUCCACUUCUCCCAUCUCCCCUAGUCUUUCUGCCACUAAUUUGAACCUGGCCAAGGAAAUGAUCAUCAAAAAAAGGGAAAACAUCAG